AUGGAGGGCGCCGGAAACAACGGCGGCGCUGUUUCUUCUACUGUGGCCGCCGCUGAAGCGGCGGCGGAAUCGCAGGUUUUGCCUGUUUCUGAGCGGAUGGCGGGCGGCGGCGGCGACAAAAACGGCGCCGUUCCUUUUACGGGGGUCGCCGCUGAAGCGGCGGCGGAAUCGCGGGUUUUGCCUGUUUCUGAGGCGGUGGAGGUGGCGGUCGGCUCGGAGUUAGAGGAGAAGCUGAUAUAUAGUGGCGGCGAUGGCGGUCAUGUAGGGGUGGCGGCGCCCCUCAGUGGGAGCGGCGUCGAGGCCGCCAAAAGAAAACGAGGAAGGCCAAGAAAAGAUCCGCCGGCGGAGUUAGGGCGAGAAUUCGCGGCGGCGCCGGAGUUUUCCGCCACCCCGCUUAUAAAGCGAGGGAGAGGCCGCCCGAAAGGCUCCGGCAAAUGGCAAUCCUUGGUGGCUUCUUUAGGUAUUUAA